UUAGUUACAAUAUUUUUGGGAAAUGAAUUUGCAAUAAGACAAAUUUCAAAUCAAGUUGCUUCUCUAUACUACAAAAGUCGUUUAGAAUCUUAAGCAGAUGCAAAAGAAAUAAAGCAAAUGGGGAGAAAAAAAAGACCGAUAAAGUUUCUGGCUACAAUACAAGAGACAUAUCAUUACCAUAUGAUCUAAUGUGGGUGUCAGCCGGAUUGUGUUCAUUGAGGGAAACCUUAUUUUUUAACUGUGCUAUGGAGUAGAAGCAGGAGAUUUUCAACCUAGUGACAGUCACAGAGCAGCACCUAUCCCCUCCUCCUUUCCACACCUGCAAACUCUUUUGCUUGGGCUGAAUAUUUAGUGUAAUUACAUCUCAGCUUUGAGGGCUCCUGUGGCAAAUCCCCGGAUUAAAAGACUGAUAGAGUAAAUUGUAUUCUUAAUAAAAUGACAGUCAAUUGAGUCAUGUGUGUGCAAAAUAUUGUGCAAGGCCCGGUACAGAACAAGGGAUAAUAAGACACGCCCUGAAGCAGUACAUCGUCUUGUGGGGGGGGGCAGUCCAAGCACGCACAACAAAUUGCAAUAUAAUGUGAUAAGUUCUUUAAAAGAGGUAAGAGCAACCGUGCUUUGGGAGCAGAGAAGAGGGAGGAAGCAGCAUCCUGCCUGCAUGAGCCAGGGAUCACAGAAGGGAAGCUCACUAUCUCAUUUAACCUCCACAGCACUCCUGCAAGGCUCUCUGGUUGUGAAAAUACAUGAGAUAAAUCAUGAAGACUAUCAUCAUCUUCCUCCUGCUUGCACAAGUUUCCUGGGCCGGACCAUUUCAACAGAGAGGCUUAUUUGACUUUAUGCUAGAAGAUGAAGCUUCUGGGAUUGGCCCAGAGGAGCGUGUUCCUGAUAUUCCUGAGAUCCUAGAGCCCCUGGGACCAGUGUGUCCCUUCCGCUGUCAAUGCCACCUCCGAGUUGUCCAGUGCUCUGAUCUGGGCCUGGACAAAGUGCCAAAGGACCUUCCUCCUGACACAACGCUGCUGGACCUGCAAAACAACAAAAUAACUGAAAUCAAAGACGAGGACUUUAAGAACCUGAAGAACCUUCAUGCAUUGAUCCUUGUCAACAACAAAAUUAGCAAAGUUAGCCCUGGAGCAUUCACCCCUCUGGUGAAGUUGGAACGACUUUAUCUGUCCAAGAAUCAGCUGAAGGAAUUACCGGAAAAAAUGCCCAAAACUCUUCAGGAGCUGCGUGCCCAUGAGAAUGAGAUCACCAAAGUGCGAAAAUCUGCAUUCAAUGGACUGAACCAGAUGAUUGUCAUAGAGCUGGGUACCAACCCGCUGAGGAGCUCAGGAAUUGAAAAUGGAGCCUUCCAGGGAAUGAAGAAGCUCUCCUACAUCCGCAUUGCUGAUACCAGUAUCACCAGCAUCCCUCAAGGUCUUCCUCCUUCCCUGACUGAAUUACAUCUUGAUGGCAAUAAAAUCAGCAGAGUGGAUGCAGCUAGCCUGAAAGGACUGAACAAUUUGGCUAAGUUGGGAUUGAGUUUCAACAGCAUUUCCACUGUCGACAAUGGCUCUCUGGCCAACAUACCUCAUUUGAGGGAACUUCACUUGGACAACAACAAGCUUAUCAGAGUACCUGGAGGGCUGGCAGAACAUAAGUACAUCCAGGUUGUCUACCUUCAUAACAACAAUAUCUCUGCAGUUGGAUCAAAUGACUUCUGCCCACCUGGGUACAACACCAAAAAGGCUUCGUAUUCGGGUGUGAGUCUCUUUAGCAACCCGGUGCAGUACUGGGAGAUCCAACCCUCUACCUUCCGAUGUGUCUAUGUGCGCUCUGCCAUUCAGCUCGGAAACUAUAAGUAAUUCUCAAGAAAGCCCUCAUUUUUAUAACCUGGCAAAAUCUCGUUAAUGUCAUUGCUAAAAAUAAAUAAAUAAAUAAAAGCUAGAUACUGGAAACCUAACUGCAAUGUGGAUUUUUACCCACAUGACUUAUUAUGCAUAAAGCCAAACUUCCAGUCUAAAUAAUUGCCUACAAUAAAGAAAGCAUUUUGCCUGCCAUGUUCAGAAUUCUUUUUUAAAUCUUUCUGUUGAUGUUAGCUGAGCUACUAGAGAUGUUCUUAUUUCACAAAAUGUAAAAUUUGGAGUAAAAAUAUAUGUCACCUUUAGUAAAGCUUUUCUUUUUGUCAGUUCCAGAAAAAAUAAUCAAAUAAAAAGAGUACCAGUCUUCUGUAAUUCAUUGAGCAGUUAGCUCCUUUGCCGUAAACACUAGCUCUGUAUUAAUUCCCAUUAUUACUGGUAAAGCCUCAUUUGAAUGUGUGAAUUCAAUACAGGCUAUGUAAAAUUUUUACUAAUGUCAUUAUUUUGAAAAAAUAAAUUAAAAAAUACAUUCAAAA